AAUAAGAAAUGGCCACGUCAUGUUGAUGAGCGUUAGACGGUGCGUUUGGUCCUCGCCUAUCCCUCUUCCCACUUCAACCCUCUCUCUUUCGCUCUCGCCAUUUCUGCCACUCCAAACCAACUCGAUCUCUUGCUGCGAUUCCAUUCUCCGCUUCCCGUAACCCUAACCGUUCUCGUUCCCAUCGCAGCUCCAAUCCGAACCUCACAUUGGAUGAACAAAUCGCCGUAGUUAGGGUUCGAUUCGAUCGAUCGCGAAUUGAAUGUAAUCCACACCGCUCUUAAGUCUCAGAACUGGGGGCGAAUCACUCUCGGCCUCUCGGAAGCCCGGCGGCGGCGGCGGCAACUCCAUCGUCGCAGCAGCAGGGACUCUGGUUCUUCCUCCGCCUCCACAAUGCGCCACGUGUCCACACCCUCGCGCAUCUCCCCCAGGUCGAAUCCGUGAGCCGCUACGCAUCCGAUCUCAACCGCCCCGUCCAGCUCCGCCCGCCGCCGGUCAUGGAGAGCGCCGGCAACGCCUCCGCCGCCGCUAAUUCGGCUCCUCCGCCGCUCGAGGAGCCCGAGUACUUGGCGCGCUACAUGGUCGUGAAACACUCGUGGCGCGGACGGUACAAGCGGAUACUCUGCAUUUCCAGCGUUUCCGUCACCACUCUCGAUCCCACGACGCUCAACGUCACGAACUCGUACGACGUCGCGACGGAUUUCGAGAGCGCCGCGCCUGUUCUCAGCCGCGAUGAGAAUUCGAACGAGUUCAAUAUGAACGUGAGGACUGAUGGCCGCGGGAAGUUCAAAGGCAUGAAGUUCUCGUCACGGUACAGGGCGAGUAUUUUGACGGAGUUGCAUCGGAUACGGUGGAACCGGUUGGCGCCGGUAGCUGAGUUCCCGGUGCUUCAUCUUCGGCGACGGGCGUCUCAGUGGGUUGCUUUUAAAUUGAAAGUGACUUAUGUUGGUGUUGAGCUUAUUGAUACAAAGUCGGGUGACCUUCGCUGGUGUUUGGAUUUUAGAGACAUGGAUUCCCCGGCAAUUAUUCUUCUCUCUGAUGCUUUUGGAAAGAAAAAUGUUGAUCAUGGUAGUGGAUUUGUUCUUUGCCCCUUAUAUGGAAGAAAAUCUAAAGCUUUUCAAGCUGCUUCUGGAUGCACAACAUCAGCUAUUAUCUCAAAUUUGACAAAAACUGCAAAAUCCACUGUUGGGCUGUCCUUGUCUGUGGAGAGUUCUCAAACUCUCUCCAUUUCUGAAUAUAUAAAACAAAGGGCAAAAGAGGCAGUUGGAGCAGAAGAUACCCCAUUGGGGGGUUGGUCCGUAACAAGGUUGCGUUCUGCUGCCCAUGGAACUCUAAAUGUUCCAGGAUUGAGCUUAGGUGUUGGCCCUAAAGGAGGACUAGGUGAGCAUGGUGAUGCUGUAUCUCGUCAGCUCAUUCUUACAAAGGUUUCACUUGUAGAAAGGCGACCUGAGAAUUAUGAAGCUGUUACUGUUCGUCCAUUAUCUUCAGUAAGUGCUCUUGUUCGGUUUGCUGAAGAGCCCCAGAUGUUUGCAAUUGAAUUUAGUGAUGGAUGCCCCAUCCAUGUUUAUGCAAGCACAUCUCGUGAUAGCUUACUUGCAGCAGUUCGUGAUGUUUUGCAAACUGAAGGUCAAUGUGCCAUACCUGUAUUGCCAAGACUGACAAUGCCUGGUCAUCGUAUUGAUCCUGCCUGUGGGAGAGUUUUUUUGCAAUAUGGUCAACAAAAGCCUGUUACUGAUACAGACAGUGCAUCCAUGCAUUUGAAGCAUUUAGCAGCUGCUGCCAAAGAUGCUGUUGCUGAAAGUGGUUCUAUUCCUGGAUCCAGGGCUAAAUUGUGGCGUAGAAUAAGGGAGUUCAAUGCCUGUAUACCAUAUAGCGGUGUGCCUCCAAACAUUGAAGUUCCAGAGGUUACUUUGAUGGCCUUGAUUACCAUGCUUCCCGCCGCCCCAAAUCUUCCUCCGGAAUCUCCUCCAUUGCCACCCCCUUCACCAAAAGCUGCUGCAACUGUGAUGGGUUUUAUUGCAUGUUUACGCAGACUACUCGCCUCAAGAAGUGCAGCAUCACAUGUGAUGUCUUUUCCUGCAGCAGUUGGAAGGAUAAUGGGUUUACUCAGAAAUGGUUCAGAAGGUGUGGCUUCUGAGGCUGCAGGGCUUGUUGCUGUACUCAUUGGUGGUGGGCCUGGUGAUGCAAAUGUAACAGAUUCUAAAGGAGAGUGGCAUGCCACAAUUAUGCAUACAAAGUCAGUGUUGUUUGCUAAUCAUAAUUAUAUCAUCAUUCUUGUCAACAGAUUAAAGCCAACGUCAGUAUCACCUUUACUGUCAAUGACUGUUGUUGAAGUGCUUGAGGCUAUGAUUUGUGAUCCACAUGGUGAGACUACCCAAUAUACUGUUUUUGUUGAAUUAUUGCGCCAAGUUGCAGGGUUGAAGCGUCGCUUGUUUGCACUGUUUGGUCAUCCUGCUGAAAGUGUUAGAGAAACAGUAGCAAUGAUAAUGCGAUCAAUCGCAGAAGAGGAUGCCAUUGCUGCAGAGUCCAUGCGGGAUGCUUCUCUGCGUGAUGGUGCUUUGUUGAGGCAUUUAUUGCAUGCAUUUUUCCUUCCAGCUGGUGAGCGACGAGAAGUUAGUCGACAACUUGUUGCUCUUUGGGCAGAUUCCUAUCAGCCAGCUUUGGAGCUAUUGUCCCGAAUUCUGCCUCCUGGUCUUGUUGCUUACUUGCACACACGUGCUGAAGGAGUUCUGGCUGAAGAUACAAAUCAAGAAGAAUUGUCAAUUGGAAAAAAAAAAAGACGAUUACUUCAGCAAAGGAAAGGGCGUAUUGGGAGAGGACUUAUCUCUCAAGAACAACCUUUCCCUUCAGCAAAUAACUUUGAUGUUUCUGAUUCCGCUAGUCAUACAGUUGGUGCUAUUGUUAGAGGUUCAGACAACUAUCAUAAAACUGUUAUGGACCCAAUUUCUGGACAGGCUUCAAAUAUUCAAGCUUCAGUAGUUCAAACUAGUGAACAUUUGAAUAAUGGGUCUUCUACAGGAGAAGUGCAAAAUGGGCAUUCAACUUUUGUGGCUUCAGCUAAUGCGGCACCAACAAACUCAAAUGAAGCACCAGGAUCUGAUUUUUCAAAUUCAGUUGAUCCUGACAAAAAUGCUGUUGAUUUGCAGAAUUCAGGCAUUCCUGCUCGUGUUGUGGAGAACACCCCUGUAGGAUCUGGUCGGCUUCUAUGUAAUUGGCCUGAAUUUUGGCGAGCUUUUGAUCUUGAUCACAAUCGUGCAGACUUAAUUUGGAAUGAGCGUACCAGGCAAGAGUUGAGGGAAUCUUUGCAAGCUGAAGUUCAUAAACUAGAUGUUGAGAAGGAGCGUACUGAAGAUAUUGUUCCAGGGGGUGCUACCUUGGAAAUGGUAUCAGGGGUAGAGAGUGUGCCACAAAUAUCUUGGAACUACCCAGAAUUUUCUGUUCGUUACCCAAGCUUGUCAAAAGAAGUUUGUGUGGGUCAAUAUUAUCUGCGCUUAUUGCUUGAGAGUGGCAGUGGUGGCAGGGCACAAGACUUUCCAUUGCGUGAUCCUGUUGCUUUCUUCAGGGCGCUUUACCAUCGAUUUUUAUGUGAUGCAGACACUGGUCUUACUGUAGAUGGUGCUGUUCCUGAUGAAUUAGGUGCAUCUGAUGAUUGGUGUGACAUGGGUAGAUUAGAUGGUUUUGGUGGAGGUGGUGGAUCAUCAGUGAGAGAGCUUUGUGCAAGGGCAAUGGCAAUUGUAUAUGAGCAGCAUUACAUGACCAUUGGCCCUUUUGAAGGUACAGCUCACAUCACUGUUCUGUUGGAUAGGACAGAUGACAGAGCUUUGAGGCACAGACUUCUUUUACUUCUGAAGGCAUUGAUGAAGGUUUUAUCAAAUGUAGAGGCUUGUGUUCUAGUUGGAGGUUGUGUAUUAGCUGUUGAUCUGCUAACUGUUGUCCAUGAAACUUCAGAGAGGACUUCUAUUCCCUUGCAAUCAAACUUAAUUGCUGCUACUGCUUUUAUGGAACCACUCAAGGAAUGGACGUAUAUUGACAAAGAUGGUACUCAAGUUGGACCUAUGGAAAAAGAUGCUAUUAGAAGGCUGUGGUCCAAGAAGGCUAUUGAUUGGACAACAAGGUUUUGGGCUUCUGGGAUGCUAGAUUGGAAGAAGUUACGUGAUAUCCGUGAGCUUCGCUGGGCACUAGCCCUUAGAGUUCCAGUCCUUACCCCGCCUCAGGUUGGGGACACAGCUUUGUCCAUAUUACAUAGCAUGGUGUCUGCACAUUCAGACUUAGAUGAUGCUGGAGAGAUUGUUACUCCAACUCCUAGAGUAAAACGAAUAUUGUCAAGUCCACGCUGCCUUCCUCAUAUUGCACAGGCCAUUCUUUCCGGGGAACCAAGUAUUGUUGAGGCAGCUGCUGCAUUGCUUAAGGCCAUUGUUACCCGAAAUCCGAAAGCUAUGAUCCGUCUGUACAGCACUGGUGCAUUUUAUUUUGCACUGGCAUAUCCUGGGUCUAAUCUUUUUUCAAUUGGGCAACUCUUUUCUGUCACCCAUGUCCAUCAAGCAUUUCAUGGUGGUGAAGAGGCUGCAGUUUCAACUUCAUUGCCUUUGGCAAAACGUAGUGUUCUUGGGGGACUUCUCCCUGAAUCUUUGUUAUAUGUACUAGAGCGUAGUGGUCCAGCAGCUUUUGCUGCAGCAAUGGUUUCUGAUUCUGACACUCCAGAGAUAAUAUGGACUCACAAAAUGAGGGCAGAGAAUCUUAUUCGACAGGUUUUGCAACAUCUUGGUGAUUUUCCACAGAAACUGUCACAGCAUUGCCAUGUUUUAUAUGACUAUGCUCCCAUGCCUCCAGUGACAUACCCAGAGCUGAGAGAUGAAAUGUGGUGUCAUCGUUAUUACCUCAGGAACCUAUGUGAUGAUAUUCGUUUUCCAAAUUGGCCAAUUGUUGAACAUGUAGAGUUUCUUCAAUCAUUACUAGUAAUGUGGCGUGAAGAGUUGACUAGAAAGCCUAUGGAUCUUUCUGAAGAAGAAGCUUGCAAGAUCCUUGAAAUAUCCUUUGAGGAUGUAUCUAGUGAUGAUGUAAAUAAAAGAAAUUCUUUGGAGAUUGCAGAUGAAGCAUCUAGCUUAUCAAAGCAGAUUGAGAACAUUGAUGAAGAAAAAUUAAAGCGGCAAUAUCGAAAACUUGCUAUGAAAUAUCAUCCUGACAAAAAUCCAGAAGGGAGAGAUAAGUUUCUUGCUAUACAGAAGGCCUAUGAACGCCUCCAGGCUACCAUGCAAGGGUUGCAAGGUCCUCAGCCUUGGAGAUUGCUGCUUUUGUUGAAGGGACAAUGUAUUUUAUACAGAAGACAUGGAGAUGUAUUGGAGCCAUUCAAAUAUGCUGGCUAUCCCAUGUUACUGAGUGCUGUUACUGUGGACAAAGAUGAUAACAAUUUUCUUUCUUCAGAUAGAGCACCUCUCCUUAUAGCUGCAUCAGAGCUUGUCUGGCUGACAUGUGCAUCUUCUUCAUUGAAUGGUGAAGAGCUGGUAAGAGAUGGAGGAGUACAUCUUCUUGCAACUCUUCUUUCCCGUUGUAUGUGUGUUGUGCAGCCAACUACUCCUGGAAAUGAACCAUCUGCCAUCAUUGUUACAAACAUCAUGCGAACAUUUUCUGUUCUAAGUCAAUUUGAGACUGCCAGAGCUGAAAUACUCGAGUUUUCUGGACUAGUUGAGGACAUUGUGCACUGCACUGAAUUUGAGCUUGUACCUGCAGCUGUUGAUGCUGCUUUACAGACUAUUGCCAAUGUUUCUGUUUCCUCUGAAUUGCAAGAUGCUUUAUUGCAGGCUGGUGUUUUAUGGUACCUUUUGCCACUGCUGCUUCAGUAUGACUCAACUGCAGAAGAAUCUGAUGCAACAGAAUCACAUGGUGUUGGUGCUAGUGUUCAAAUUGCCAAAAACAUGCAUGCUGUAAGAGCAUCACAGGCUUUGUCAAGGCUCAGUGGUUUGUGUGGUGAUGAGAGUGCAACGCCGUACAAUCAGGCGGCUGCUGAUGCCCUCAGAGUUUUGCUAACCCCCAAGCUCUCUGGCAUGUUAAAAGAUCAAAUGCCCAAAGAUUUACUGUCCAAAUUAAAUGCUAACCUUGAGUCACCAGAGAUCAUCUGGAACUCUACAACACGGGCAGAGUUGCUGAAAUUUGUGGAUCAACAACGUGCAGCUCUAGGUCCUGAUGGUUCAUAUGAUAUUAAGGAUUCACAUGAAUUUGUAUAUAAAGCACUAUCCAGAGAAUUAUUCAUUGGAAAUGUUUACUUGAGAGUCUACAAUGAUCAGCCCGACUUUGAAAUUAGUGAACCAGAAACUUUUUGCCUUGCUUUGAUUGAUUUUAUAUCUUAUCUUGUGCACAAUCAAUGCGUCGAAGAUGCUGAUCAUAAGGUUGAAGAUGCUGAUCAUAAGGUUGAAGACACCUCUAAUUUUAAGACUUCUGAGCAUAUGAGUGAGGCUGUUGAUGGAUCUGCCGAUGAGCAGCAGGUCCUGGAUAAUUCGGGCACAAUGUCUGAAGAACAAUCUGUAGGGAAGGAAGAGCUUGAGCUGAUUAAAAAUCUCCGUUCUUCGCUGAUCUCCCUUCAGAACCUUCUGACUAAUAAUCCUAAUUUGGCAUCCAUAUUUUCUAAUAAAGACAAGUUACUGCCUCUAUUUGAAUGCUUUUCUGUGCCCGAAGCAUCACACAGUAAUAUCCCUCAACUUUGUCUAGGAGUGUUGUCACUCUUAACAGCACAUGCUCCUUGUUUGCAAGCCAUGGUUGCGGAUGGAUCUAGUCUUCUGCUUUUAUUACAAAUGCUUCACUCAGCCCCAAGUUGUCGGGAAGGGUCUCUCCAUGUUCUCUAUGCAUUGGCUAGCACACCUGAACUGGCCUGGGCUGCUGCCAAGCAUGGUGGUGUUGUCUACAUUCUUGAAUUGCUCUUGCCUUUGAAGGAAGAAAUUCCACUCCAGCAAAGGGCUAUGGCAGCCUCAUUGUUGGGGAAGCUUGUUAGCCAACCAAUGCAUGGACCAAGAGUUGCUAUAACACUUGCAAGGUUUCUCCCUGAUGGCCUUGUGUCAGUAAUUAGGGAUGGACCUGGUGAAGCUGUUGUAGUUGCCCUCGAGCAGACUACAGAGACACCAGAACUCGUAUGGACACCAGCGAUGGCGGCUUCCUUAUCUGCACAAAUUUCCACUAUGGCAUCAGAGCUAUACCGUGAGCAGAUGAAAGGGCGUGUUGUUGAUUGGGAUGUACCUGAGCAAGCAUCUGGACAGCAGGAAAUGAGAGAUGAACCACAGGUUGGUGGCAUCUAUGUUCGGCUGUUUCUGAAAGAUCCCAAAUUCCCUCUGAGAAACCCUAAAAGGUUCUUGGAAGGUCUACUAGAUCAGUAUUUGUCAUCCAUUGCUGCCACACAUUAUGAAGCACAGGUUGUUGACCCAGAGCUUCCUUUGCUCCUGUCGGCUGCACUGGUUUCCUUACUGCGUGUGCACCCUGCGUUAGCAGAUCAUGUUGGUUAUCUUGGAUAUGUGCCCAAACUAGUUGCUGCUGUUGCAUUUGAGGGAAGGCGAGAAACAAUGUCAUCGGGUGAGGUAAACAAUGGGAGACAAGCAGAACAAACAUAUGACCCAGAUAAUGAAUCAGCAGAGAACGCACAAACUCCUCAAGAACGUGUGCGCCUGAGUUGUUUGCGAGUCUUGCAUCAGCUUGCAGCUAGUACCACCUGUGCUGAAGCCAUGGCAGCAACCAGUGUCGGUACACCUCAGGUUGUUCCACUGCUAAUGAAAGCUAUAGGGUGGCAAGGUGGAAGCAUUUUAGCUCUUGAGACUCUAAAACGUGUUGUGGUUGCCGGAAACCGAGCCAGGGAUGCUCUUGUUGCACAAGGACUUAAAGUUGGUCUAGUUGAUGUUCUUCUUGGUCUUCUUGAUUGGAGGGCUGGUGGAAGGAAUGGAUUUUGUUCUCAGAUGAAGUGGAAUGAAUCUGAAGCAUCUAUCGGAAGGGUGCUUGCAAUUGAGGUCUUGCAUGCCUUUGCGACUGAAGGAGCCCAUUGCACUAAAGUGCGAGAAAUAUUGAAUAAUUCUGAUGUUUGGAGUGCUUAUAAAGACCAGAAGCAUGAUCUCUUCCUUCCAUCAAAUGCUCAAUCUGCAGCUGCUGGCAUUGCUGGUCUCAUUGAGAAUUCAUCAUCGUCGAGGCUCACUUAUGCCCUUACUGCUCCACCACAAUCCAUUACUUCUACUUCUAGACCUCCUCCAUCAUCCUCUUCUGACUUCAAUGGAAAGCAGGAUCAACUUUCAUAGUAAAAAAAUAAUACCUUUUUUUCAUAUGAUGGAGCAUAUACCCAAAGCCAAGCCUAUACUUGUAACUCACCUGUAUAGUACACUGUACAGUUUUGUUAUCUACUUGCUCCUGGCUUAGUAACUAGGAAGCAUGUGCAAUUUUCUCUAGGGUUUUUCGUUUGUGUAAUGAGGGAUUCUCCACCUUCCCUCUCGUUUCUCCUUGUAAAUUGGAUGAUGCUACAAAAUAGUUAGGUUAUUUUGCGCAUUUCGUUAAAGUGAGCUUUUUUUAUUUACACGAUCACUUUUCCUUA